AUGGACCUAGCCAGCGCAUGUGGUUGCACCAACACCGGCCAGCAGAAUAUACUCACAGAGAAACAAGGAAAUGUUGCUAUCGUUACGCUGAACAGACCCAAGGCCUUAAACGCGUUGUCGGGAGCGCUCAUCCAGGAGCUACUCCAGGCCUUGAAAGCAUUCGAUAAAGAUGAUGACGUCGGUGCCAUAAUCAUUACGGGAAAUGAACGUGCAUUCUGUGCUGGUGCCGACAUCGCAGAGCAAAAGGCUCUGAGCUUCACGCAAGCAUACAACACUGACUACCUUAGAGAUAUUGUCGACAGCAUCCUUGCCAUUCACAAGCCAAUCAUUGGCGUCGUGAACGGUUAUGCACUAGGUGGAGGAUGCGAACUAGCUAUGAUGUGCGAUAUCGUUUAUGCGGGAGAAAAGGCAGUUUUCGGCCAACCCGAAAUCAAGCUAGGUACGAUCCCCGGAGCUGGUGGGACACAGAGAUUGAUCAGGGCGAUUGGGAAGGCAAAGGCCAUGCAUAUGAUUUUGACGGGAGAGAAUAUGUCCGCCACCGAAGCGGAGAAAGCAGGUCUCGUAGCUAAGGUACUGCCCGUUAACGAAGUCCUGCCUGCGGCUAUCAAAGCGGCGACCACCAUAGCAGGCUACUCACGCCCAGUGGUGGCUAUAGCAAAAGAAGCCGUCAACGAAGCGGAGGAACUCGGUCUGCGAAACGGACUCCACUUCGAAAGGCGGUUAUACCACUCUACGUUUGCACUGUCAGAUCAUCAAGAGGGCUUUGGUGCGUUCUUGGAAAAGCGACAGCCUCAAUGGAAGCACGUCUAG